AUGGCAGCAAAUAAGAUUACAAAACAAGUUAUACCUCUAUCACCAUCACGUUUUGCAUUUGGUGGUGGAACAAAACCCAUAUCUGAAGUAAUGUUUAAUAAAUAUGAUACGGAUAAGAAUGGAUCAAUUUCUCGCGAUGAACUUCGUUCUUUAUGUUAUGAUUUAGGAUAUUAUCUAUCUGAUGAUGAAUUAGCUUGGGCAUGGACUAUAAUGGAUAAAGAUGGCAGUGGAAUGAUUGAUUAUAGUGAAUUUGCUGAAUGGUGGAAGACAUCAUCUCGUUUUGAACAUUUAAAAAUGCCGAAUGAAAAGGAAGCAAUUCUCUUAUCUCGAGUGGCUGAAAUAUGUCGUUCACAUGAUACACAUAAUACAGGAACUUUAGAUCGAGAUCAGUUUACUUCUGUAUGUCAAGCACUUACCCAAGAAGAUAUCUUGAAUGCCAGUGAACAUCAAGCAUGUAAUUUCGAUGAAAUCGAUCGUGGUCAUGAUGGUCGAAUUAAUUUUAAUGAAUUAAUUGCCUGGUUCAAAAAUGUUGGCUUAUUCGAUAUGUGUCAAUAA